UUCAACAACUGCAGCCAUCUCGGUAGCUCGCUUGACAACAAAGUCGGAACAUUUAAGAUCUUUGGGACAAUUUCGUUGUUUAUAUGCCGCUAUGUUUUAAAUACACUUCUACGUGUAAAAAUAACACACUCAGCUACCCCAUUUAAUUUCAUAUUGACGUUGUUAGUCAGCUAGCUGGCUGGUUAAGUUAGCACUAGUCUAGUCGCUAAUGCUAACUAGCUAGCUAACGUCCCCGACCAUUAGUUCACGAAGCUACUCCCCCCUGCUAAAGAGGAGGUCUGUUGGAUGGAGAAAGGAACUCUCUUAAAAGAGGAGGAAGAGGAGGCUGUACCAGUGAAAGAAAAAGAGGACGAAGCUUACAGAGUGAAAGAAGAAGAGGAUGAUGUUACUGUGAAAGAAGAGGAGGAUGGAGUUUUGGGGGUUGAAGAGGGGGAGAUGACUGUCGCAGUGAAAGAAGAGGAAGACUGUUUUGGCGUGACGGAGAUGACUGUCGCAGUGAAAGAAGAGGAAGACUGUUUUGGCGUGACGGAGAUGACUGUCGCAGUGAAAGAAGAGGAAGACUGUUUUGGCGUGACGGAGAUGACUGUCGCAGUGAAAGAAGAGGAAGACCGUUUUGGCGUGACGGAGAUGACUGUCGCAGUGAAAGAAGAGGAAGACUGUUUUGGCGUGACGGAGACGACGGUCACAUUGGAAGAAGAGGAAGAACAGGCUGGAGAUCUAAUGAACACCGGUACAUACAGAGAGAGACCAGACUCUCACUCUGACAGCGGGGAGAGUCCUUCAGGGGAACCAGACCCAGAGACGCCCAAACCAGCAAGACCACACCACUGCUCCCAGUGUGGAAAGAGUUUUACUAAUUCACAGAACCUAAAAGAGCAUGAGAGGACACACACAGGAGAAAAUGCUUUUCAAUGCUCCCAGUGUGAAAACAGUUUUAAAGAGUUAGAGAACCUGAAAAUACACCAGAGAACGCACUCUGAAGAGAAGCCUUACCACUGCUCCCAAUGUGGAAUGACAUUUAGGUGGUUACAAGGCCUGAAAAGGCAUGAGAGAAUACACACAGGAGAAAAGCCCUACCGUUGUUCCCACUGUGAAAAUAGUUUUAGGUGGUUAGAAGGCCUGAAAAGGCAUGAGAGAAUACACACAGGAGAAAAUCCCUACCAAUGCUCCCACUGUGGAAGGAGUUUUACUCAGUUAGCGAGCCUAAAAUCACAUCAGAGGAUACAUACACAGGAGGAGAAGACAUACCACUGCUCUAAUUGUGGAAAGACAUUUUCCCGGGCAGAGGACCUGAAAUCACAUGAGAGAAUAGAGAGGCUGUGUUCUGACUUAUGUUUUUGACCUGAGAAUGUGUUUUUAUGUUCAUGCCAAAUGAAAUCAUUCUAAAAAAAAAUAGGCCUGUUUUUUCAUCUCGAGACAUGAUCAUGUCUAAAAUCAGAUUAAAGAUUUGUAGAUGUUUA